AUGGCCCACAACUCGAGAUUGCCCGCUAUAGAAGAAACGUCAAACUCUUUAAGAGUGAAUGAGCGGAAUCGGUUGGGCACUGCGGACACCUUUGCCUGCCCGACAACUGUUGAGCUCAGUAAGGCAGUUUCAGUGUCCUUGGGUUUGGAUCCGGUGUCUUCUCCGCUCAACAACAUGAGCCUUGGCUCCAGUAGUGCCUUUGCAGACUACGAGCCCAAUAUAUGGAACAGUUCGGUGGGAGUGCAGGAGUUAGGAGCGGCUGGAAUUAUGAACCCAGGGGGCAGCAGGCUUCUGGUGAAUGAAAAUAGCCUAAGAGAGGACGACUUUGGAGAAGCGUGUCAUGGCAUACAGCAAGUGAGCUGCAUGGAUUUGCUCAGAUCGGGCGAAGUGGACAGCGCGCAAACCGUGACGCGCGGCUCGGUGAUAUCCAGACAUGUCUGCAAGGAAUCAAACUUGUUCAUGAACGCGGUGGUAAAGCUUCCCUCGCCCUCUAAGAUGGAUGGGCUCUUACCUUUGAAACAAUAUCGUGCUUACUCUGCCAAUCCAAACCUGUACAGAGAUACCCAGGGUGUGUGGUGCGCAAAUGAGCGCGUAUACAGCGGUCGAUCCGAGCCAGAGAGAAGCGGAUCCGAUGGACAUGAUUUCUUGUGUAAAUAUUGUAACUGUGAGCAAACCCCUCUUGGAUCCAGGCAGGACUGCCAGUGUGUCUGGUACAGCGAGGGCGAGCAGGGUGGUAAAGGUGCCAUAAGAGCAGCGAUUGCAAAAGAGUAUGGCCAAGUGGAAAGAUAUCAAAGUGCAAUUGCUCAAGGACAGGCCAGUUUUUCCUCUAUCAAGACCGAACCUUCAGUUUGGAUGGAUUGCGCAGAUCGCAGUUUCAGGCAUGAGGGUUUUUUUCCAGGUUUGUACCUGUCAGACAGGAGAGUGUGUCAGGUGUGCGGUGACGAUGCCUCAGGCUGUCACUAUGGAGCGGUCACCUGUGGGAGCUGCAAAGUGUUCUUCAAGAGGGCUGCUGCAGGUAAGCAGAACCACCUGUGUGCCAGCCGGAACGACUGCACCAUCGACAAACUGAGGCGGAAAAACUGUGCCUCGUGUCGUUUAAAGAGGUGCUUCAUGUCAGGAAUGAGCCUUAAAGGCCGCAGGCUGAAGGGAGCUGGACAAACGAGAAACGGAGUGGAGGAGCAAUCUCCAGCUUCCUGGGGGCCUGGAGAAAGAGAAGAGAGGGCUGGGAAGAAAGAUUUAAUCUUGGAGCCUGGAAGUGCGGUUGCCAGGGCUCAAGGUGCAACACCCCAGGCCCUGACUCUCGGCAUGCCCCCGACCCUGCGCUCCCACUUAUCCCUGCUCAGCGUCCUGCAGACCAUUGAGCCAGCCUUGGUUAAUGCAGGACAUGACCCUGCCCAGCCAGACAGCCCUGCGUCCUUGCUCACCAGCCUGAAUGAGCUCGGGGAAAGACAGCUGGUAACCGUGGUGCGUUGGGCCAAGGCAAUACCAGGUUUCCGUGACCUACAUGUGGAUGAUCAGAUGUCGGUGAUUCAGUUGUCAUGGAUGGGGGUGAUGGUGUUUGCUAUGGGCUGGAGGUCCUACACACUUACUAACAGCUCAAUGCUCUACUUUGCUCCUGACCUAGUCUUCAAUGACCACCGGAUGCAAAUGUCCACUAUGUACGAACACUGCGUGAGAAUGAAGCUGCUCUCCCAAAGGUUCUGCAUGCUGAAGGUCACCCAAGAGGAGUUCCUCUGCAUGAAGGCCCUGGUCCUCUUCAGCAUCAUGCCAGUGGAGGGCCUAAAGAGCCAACAUUGUUUUGAUCAACUGCGGACCUCCUACAUCAAGGAGCUGGACCGUUUGGCCAGCCAGAGCGGAGAGACCACCCGUACACAGAGACUGUUUCAGCUCACACAGCUGCUGGACUCCCUUCAGUCGAUUGUGAAGAAGUUACACCAGUUCACCUAUGAUCUGUUCAUCCAAGCUCAGUCCCUGCAGACACGUGUCAACUUCCCAGAGAUGAUCUCGGAGAUUGUGAGCGUUCAUGUGCCCAAGAUCCUCUCCGGCAUGGUCAAGCCCAUCCUUUUCCACAAAACAGCCUAGAGAGAGGGGUCUCUGUGAUUGUCCUAUUGGUCACUUGAGCUUUGUUACCCAGUCCUUCAACCAUCUCUGGUAAAGAUUAAAUGGCUAGAGAGGGUUUAUGAUUUUACAAGGUGAAAAAAGGAUAAGCCUCUCUUUACCUACUGUGUGAGAGCGGGGCACAGUGAGCCUAUGAAUGGAUAUUAACAGAAGGGAAUACAGCACAUUCUUCCAGCCUAAUGUAAUCUAGCUACAUCUACUCUGUUCUUCUUAUUGCCUGUUCUCUGUAUCACACACACCAAAUGUUUCUGGAGCUGAUUGAAACACUUAGCAUGCAUUACUCCACACAAGCCCAUGAGUGGCCAACAGCAAGGCAUGUAGACCUCCUCAACCCUUCAUACAGAUAGUGACAACAGGCAAUAUUUCAUUUUGAGAGGCAGGACAGGAGUAAGAAAAACAUUUUUGCCGAAUUCACACCACCAUAGCUUGUCUGUGUGUGCAGUAGUUUGAACUUAGGACAAGCUUUUUCCAACAAUGGAUGUUAUUGUGUGCACCUGAGAUGAACAGUGCCGUUGACUGACAGUUAAUAAAUGGUUGUGCAAUGUAUGCUAAGAAGCAAAGCUGUCUCACCUGAAGGCAUAUAAAAACUCUUUGGAAAGCUGUUCUCAUCCAUUGAAAUGGUAGUCAACUAAUAGUGUCGACAAAAUAAAUACACUUUUAAGCUGCAAAGGCACUGCAUUAAUUCAAAUUUAAAAUGUAUAUUUAUGAAUAUUGUGACGUCAAAAGGUCACACCAAAAACAAUGAAGGAAAUUAUUGGACAUAAUUAAGUUUGCUUGUCUUUGAGUACAGAUCCAAGUACAGAUUUUCCAGAUUAGACAUUUCAUACUGUUGUAACUUUUCUAAAGUUUCUUAAAGUGUUCUUUGCAGGUGCUUUGUUGUUUAUCAUCAUGUAUUCAUUGUAGCUUUUGACCAUUUUGCUAAACAUCAAAGGUCCAGCCAAGAAUCUUGUCAUUUGAUGCAACAUUUACAGCUUAACGUAAUAAAACUGAAGCAUGGUUGUG